AUGGCCCCUUCAACAUUCAUCCUCACCAGCUCGCCUUUUGUGCCGAGCCAGAUUGCGCUGGCGAGCUUCGUUCCAAACAUCCGCCAUCCGCACCAGGACGCGAAGAAGCCCUAUGCCGUUACCGCAGUGGACUAUACCAGCCAACCGGAUGAUGACUUUGACGGCCUGAUCAACACCGGCUCGAAGAGCUUUCUCAGCAUAUUCGCAACCAGACUGGCUGGUUUGUCGCUGCAGAGCGAUCAGAGCAGCAUGCUACACGUCACCGCUAAGAAGGGCAACAUCUACUCGCUGAACAGCCCCAACAGCCUGUUCGAAGAUAUCGUGUCCGGCCACGACCAAGGGGAAGACAUGCAGAAAUGGUUCGAGCUAUGCAAGCGCCGCGGUAUCAAGCCCCGGUUUGUCGUCGCGUACCGCACCUUCGUAGAUGCCCGCGUGUCCCGCGACCACCAUCGUGCCACCGACGUGUCAGGGACGGGCACCGUCCCAAUUAGCACAUUGCAAGGAGAUAUGUCCGCCAUGGCAGACAUACGCCUCCAAGCAGGUCACCGAACAAACACAGAUGCGAAGGGUGAUAUGAAGACACCAGGCGAACGGGUUUACGCAGUGUGCUACCGCAAGGUUAGCAUUUCGCGUCACCAAGGCAGAUUGGCACCUCUACUGGAGCAGACCAACAAAUGGGAGCCGUUCGCGGCAGCUCGUGGUGAGCCCGAGGAAGAGUAUUUCCAGGCAGAUCUAUUUGAUGGAGACGAUGCAGACGGAUGCGAUAUUCAUGAAUUUGAGACCCAUGAGGGAAGGAAAAUAUGUUUCGGCUAUCCAUCCGAAUUAGUAUCAGAUGAGGAAGACGAUGAGGAAGACGACGAGUAG